AUGUUUAACAUGUCGGCUAUGAACAGGAAACUAAUAAAAGCCCUCGCUGAAACAAUCUUAUAGAAGGUGGAACACUUCGAUAAAACAGAGACCGAGUGCCUGGUCUGGGGGUUUUAUGUCCUUCUGGACGAGCACGUAAGCCCUGGCAAAGAAUCCUACGGUCUGGACAGCGACAGGUUCAGAGGCUUCCUGCACAUCAUGUUUGGGAUGAGCAAACAUUGAUUGAGGUACAGUGUUUUCAGAGCUUUUGACAAAGACAGCGAUGGAUUCAUCAGUUUGAAGAAGUGGGUCGAUGGACUCUCUGUCUUUCUUCGGGGGACUUUCGAUGAAAAAAUAAAGCACUGCUUUUGUGUGUACGACUUGAACGGUGACCAGUUCAUCUCCAGAGAUGAGAUGUUUCACAUGCUGAAGGACAGCCUCUUGAGACUGCCCACAGAGGAUGACCCCGAUCAAGACGUCCACGACCCCGAUGAAGGAGUCAAAGACCUGGUGGAAAUCGCAAUGAGGAAGAGAUCUGACACUGAUCAUGACGGCCUGGUAUCUGUAGAGGAAUUUGAAGCUGCAGUAAAAAAGGAGGACUUGCUGAUGGAGGCCUUUAGACCCUGCCUUCCUGAUGCUUUGAGUUUUGAGAAGUUCGAGCAGCAGGUUUUCAGGAGCAACUAG